AUGCUGCGUCAGACAUUUCAUAGAUUUGGUCAAAAACUGGUACGCAGACCUACACUGGAGGAACCAGUGGCUGAGGAUGACCGAGAGAGAAGACUGAGCACUCUGGAUUUAGUGACCCUGGGUGUGGGCCGCACACUAGGUGUAGGUGUGUAUGCCCUGGCUUGUGAGGUGGUCAGCAAUCAAGCAGGACCAUCCUUUGUGAUUUGUGUUUUGAUUGCUGGCCUAUCUUCAAUGUUGGCUGCGCUGUUCUAUGUAGAGUUUACUGCCCGGGUUCCCCAUUCUGGCUCUGCAUAUCUCUACAGCCAUGUCACUAUAGGUGAGCUUUGGGCUUUCAUCACUGGCUGGAAUCUCAUCCUCUCCCUUGCUGCUAAUGCAGUCAUUUAUUUCUAUGUAUUAUUCUUAGCUUUUGAGUCCCUGCGUGUGACACUGCAAGAAAUUAUCUUAGCGCAUGUUUCCCACUACAUUAGAGAAGACCAUGUAAGCUUCAUUUUUAUGUUCGUUUUGUGGUUUCUCAAGGAUUUCUGGUAUGGUUCAACUUCCUCAAUUGCCAAAGUGGUUAUGUUGGUGAAAAUUUUGGUUCUUAGUUUUGUCAUCAUUGUUGGCUUCGUUAAGGGGGACCUGCACAACUGGAAGCUCACAGAAGAGGACUAUGUAAAGGCUGGACUCAAUGACACCUCAAGCUUGGGCCCUCUGGGCUCUGGAGGAUUUGUGCCUUUUGGCUUCGAGGGGAUUCUCCGUGGAGCAGCUACAUGUUUCUAUGCAUUUAUAGGUUUUGAGGAAAUUGUUACCAGAGUUGAAAAAGUCCAGAACCCCCAACAUUCUAUCCCCAGGAGCAUUGUGAUUUCACUGUUAAUCCUCUUUGUGCUGUAUUUUGGUGUCUCUUUAGCAGUUACACUUAUGGUGCCUUACUACCAGCUUCAACCUGGGAGCACCUUGCCUGAGGCAUUUUUCCUUAUUGGCUGGGCACCUGCGUACUAUGUUGUAGCUUUUGGAUUUUUCUUUAGUUUUUUUGGAAAUACAUUCCGAUUUAUUUACCUCACCUAUGACCUGUUAUACGAUAUGGCAGUGGAUGGACUCUUGUUCCCUGUCCUUACCAAGAUCCUCAGUUGGAAAUACUUCUACCGCAUGAUUUAUUUGAUCUUUAUUAUUAUUGCAGUAAUCAUGGCCAGGUUCUUUGGACUCAAUGAUGUUGUGGACCUCAUGUUUAUUGGGUCCAUGAUAUCUUACUCCAUGGUUGCUAUUUGUGUUCUCAUCAUCAGGUAUCAGCCUGAGGUGAAGAAAGGGGGAAGUGAAGCAGAGGUGCAGGAGGAGAAUGGACCUGUAGCAGAGAGGCUGACUCUACAACGACUACUUUUUCCAGGCAGCCCCACCCCCACUCCACUCUCUGGCCGGGUUGUCUGUGUUUGCUCUUCACUGCUUGCUCUGCUGCUCACUCUUCUUUGCCUGGUGCUGGCCCAGUGGCCAGUUCUGCUUUCUGGAGACCCAGUGUGGAUCUCAGUGGUUGUGCUACUCCUGGUGCUCAUCAUUGGGAUCACUGGGGUCAUCUGGAGACAGCCCCAGAGCCCCAGUCCCCUUCACUUUAAGGUCCCUGCUCUGCCUCUCCUCCCAGUACUGAGCAUCUUCAUGAAUGUUUACCUUAUGAUGCAGGUGUCAGCUGCCACUUGGGCCCGAUUUGGUGUCUGGAUGCUGAUUGGGUUUGCUCUGUACUUCAGCUAUGCGAUCCAGGAGAGCGUGGCCUCUAACCGUACUUAUGCUAGGGCCAAAACUGUAAACUCUGAACUUUGUAGUUCCAGUACCUAAUUUUUUUUAAACUUAUCUACUUUUCAAUUGUGUCUGUGUCUGCUCACUGACUUAAAAAUAUUAUUAAAAAUGGGUGCCUUUGUGACUCAUUCGGUUAAGCAUCCAACUUCAGCUCAGGUCAUGAUCUCAUGGUUUGUGAGUUUGAGCCUGGUAUUGGGCUCUAUUCUAACAGUCAGAGCCUGGAGCCUGCUUCAGAUGCUGUGUCUCCCUCUCUCUCUGUCCCUCCUCACCCACACUCUGUCUCUCUCUCUCUCAAAAAUAAAUAAACAUUACAAAAUUCAAAAAAUAUUUUUUAAAAAACUUGAAAAAUGUUUUUGUUUUCUUUAAUAAAAUAUCCAGUAGUGGUGGGGUGCCUCACUGGCUCAGUCAGUAAAGCAUGUGAUUCUUGAGCUAUCGGUGGUGAGUUAGAGCCCCACAUUGGGUUUAGAGAUUACUUAAAAAUAUGCAGAAGCAGAAUUACUGGAUUACAUAGUAGGUCUAUUUUUAAUUUUAUGAGGAACCUCCGUACUGCUUUCCAUAGUGGCUGCCCAAUUUAUGUUCCUACCAAUAGUGCAUGAGCGUUCCUUUUUCCCAUUAUCUGGCCAACAUUUGUUUUUCUUGUAUUUUUUAUUUAACCAUUCUGCCAGAUAUAAAGUGAUAUCUUAUUGUAGCGUUAAUAUACGUUUUCCUGAUGAUUAGUGAGGGGGAGUAUCUUUCCCUGUGUCUAUUGGCCAUCUGUAUAUCCCGUUAUGAAAAUGUGUAUUAAGGUCAUCUGACCAUAUUUUUAAUUGGAUUAUUUGUUUUUCUGGUGUUGAGUUGUAUCAGUUUUUUAUGUGUUUUGAGUAUUAACCCCUUAUUUGAUGUAUCAUUUACAAAUAUCUUCUCCCAUUCAGUAGGUAGCAUUUUUGUUUUAUUGAUGGUUUCCUUUUUAGUGCAAAAACAUUUUAGGUACAUGAAUUAAAAAAGAUAGAUACACCCCUAUGUUUAUUGCAGCAUUAUUUAUAAAACGCAGAAUAUGUGCAAGAAACAUGAAAUUCAGCCCCUGCCCUUAUUGAGCAUAUCUUCUAAUCCAAGGGGUAAAGCAUAGCUGUAACACAAAGUGGAAAAUGUUUCAUAAGUAAUAUACAAAUAAGAUGUCUUGGGAAAUUGAGUGCAGGAUUAUCAUUUGUGGCUGGCACAGUGAUUUCUCUAAAAACAGAGAAGACUUUGUAGAGGAAUGGCAUUUGAGCUGGCUCUCUCCAAGGACAGAUUAGGUUUUUCCCACACUUGGGCAUCAGGGAGAGAUUAUAGGCAGAGAGAACAACACUUGGAAAAGCACAGGAAAAUGAAGCCGUGUUCAGAGCACACUGAGCAUACAGUGUAGCCUGAACCUUGGCUGUGAGGGGGGGGUGGCAACAGAACAUGCACAGGUGGAUUGGAGCCAGAGCUUUCCUCUGAGUGCAAAGCACUUUGGCUUUGAACUCACUACCCAUGCUGAAAAUCCUGAAGUUGGUUCUUCUACCAGGAACUAUCUGCAUUCUUGAACUUUAAAUUUCUGUACUAUUGUCUGCUUUGGUCCACCUACUCUGAAAGUGCACAAUUGAGACCCAGGUGUCCUUGGUUCUGGUGUUGUUCCACCAUGAACUAUCAAUGUGACCUUGAGCAAACUGCUCAGACCUUUAUUGCUCUGCUUAUUUAUCUGUAACAUGAAAGGUCAGGACUGAUCAUUUCUAAAGUUUCAUUUACUUAAAAAUUCUAGGACUUCUUCUGAUUCUUCUGUCCUUUAUUCUCUCCACUAGAUCUCUCUACUGUGUGGGGUCUGAAUGUGAAUCCCACCCACUUUUCACUACAGCCCAUUGUUGGUGCUGUAGAGCUCCAAUAAAUAAUACCCCAUUUUACCCUCCUCUGUUUAGAACCAAGUGAUAAUCAAGAUAUAGAGACAUAUGAUUAAAUAAUCAGCCACAACCUAAUUGGUUUGCCAAGCCCGCAUCAUUAAAUUAGACAGACUUACUUGUCAUCACAAGAAGUGCUGGACACACCCUGCCUCCCAUCACAAGAGACAGUCCGCUUUUAUUAGAUUUUCUGUUGUAUGAGCAAGUUGGCAUGCAAGUGUCCUGUGGACAAGUUGGUUCUGGAUUAAUAAAGAAAAUCAACACAAGAAUGGAAGCGGAUGAGCUGGGCAUACUCACAGUUGUCUCUUCAACUCACUAAUCAAAUUCUCAGUGAAAAAGGGUGUGGAGAGAGGCCAGGAAUAGUAAUCUGCUCAGUGAUGGCUCAAACUUCAGCUCCUGCAGCUCACUUGGAGGGCUUGUGAAAACCUGCUCCCAGUGUUUGGAAUUCAGUACAUCUGGGGCGGGGGGGGGGGCAGAACUUGUACUUCUAACAGUUUCCAGGUGAUACUGAUGCUGCUGGUCCAGGGACCACACUUUGAAAACCAAGGCUCCAGCUGAAGUCCCUCCACAUGUAAAAAUGAAGGGAAGCAAACAAAGUGCCCUUUUAACAUCUACCUUCAUUUUUGAAACAUUUAGAUUAAAAUACCAUCAUUAAUCUUUUCACAGUGGGGAAAUCAUAGUGAAUGAUUUCACAGUGCAUAUGUAGAUCAAAUCACCACAAUGUACACUUUAAAUAUCUUACAGUUUUAUAUGUCAGUUAUACCUCAUUAUGGCUGAAAGUAAAUAUAUAUAUACCACAUGUCUCUGUGUGUCUUUAUUUAUUUUAUUCCCUGAUUGAAGAUCAUAGGUUAUGAGUGUAUCUUGUUCACUCCUCCUGAGCAUCCAGCUGGGGCCAGGAGCAUAAUGAGUAUAUAAUAAAUUCAUGUUGAAUUGAACUGAGCCUUACACAUUUCUUUGGUACUGAAAAUUCUCUUUCCUUUCAGUCUACCACUGUGCUACUCUUUUAAUACUAUCUUUUGGGGACUUCCUUGACAAAUAGCUUUUCUUUAUGUCCAGAACUAUAUCUUGAACUCUAUGUGGAGCUAUACCCAGCAUCUAGAACUGUACCCAGGCACUUCUAGUUUUUCCUUUGUGUGGCUCUGCCUGAGUUAUGGUGACUGUCCUGUCUGUUCCAUCAUAUUGGAGUCUUGUUCAGGGCAAGGAGUAAGUUCUCCCCUUCCUCUAGACCCAAGAGUAAGAACAGUGUUGUUCCUUCAUAGAGAAACAGGGAAAAUACAACCCUGGACAGGAGAAUGCCUGACAUGACCUCUCCUGGUCCUGCUCCAUCUGUUUCUGUGGCAUGUGUGGAGGGGCUGGAAAUAGUGAAAUUGAUAGAAGACCCAAUUGCUCUACCUGACUUCAGGGAAUCACUGAAGAGGACACUGGAUACCAGCUCCUUUAGAUGCUUUGUUGAGAGACUGGUAUAUAAUUUUGUGAGAUAAUCUAAGAUUC